AUGAAUUUACAUGAAGAAUGCUUGGAAUGGGUUUUGCACUGUGAUGUGAAGCCUCAGAACAUACUUUUGGACUCUGAUUUCCAGCCAAAGGUGUCGGAUUUUGGCCUGUCCAAACUACUGAAUAGAAGUGGUGACAACAAUUCAAGCUUCUCGCGGAUAAGAGGGACCAGAGGUUACAUGGCUCCUGAGUGGAUAUUAAAUCUCUCCAUCACUUCGAAAGUAGAUGUUUACAGUUAUGGGAUCGUUGUGCUAGAGAUGGUAACCGGAAAGAAUGCUGCAACAGGCGUGGACGCAAUUAACAACGAAGGGGAGAUGGAACAGAGGAGGUUGGUUAAGUGGUUAAGGGAGAAGAUGAGUCAAGGGACUGCAAUGACAUCCUUUAUUGAAGAAAUCAUAGAGCCUACAAUGAAGGGUAAGUAUGAAACAAGUAUGAUUGAAAUUCUUGUUGAAGUUGGUCUGCAAUGUGUAGAGGAAGACAGAGAUGCAAGACCAACAAUGAAUCAAGUAGUAGAGAUGCUUCUACUCCAACAAAAUGAUCAUUAG